UUAUUCUACAUUUUUCUGUAUUCUGUUUUAUCUUUGGGUAUAAAUAUUUAUCUAAAUUUAAUACGGAACAAGCUAGGUUAACAUAUUUCGUGGCUAUGAAAGACAAAAUAUGUGCACGUACUUUCCAGUAAGACUUUUAUUCCGAUCGUGUGAAUUCGUGUGUUUAUCCGAACGCGUCAGUUUUGUGUCACCGAAUCUGUGUCAGUACGUACAGUAGCAUAACAAACCCGACUGAAUUGUGUACAUAGUGUUUUGUGUCUAGUAAUUAAUCUACAGAAUAUUACGAGUUUCCAGUUUUUGUGCACAGUGUUGUGUUGUUGGAAAACGAACAUUGAUUGUCAGAAACAGUUUCACCUUGGUAUUAAUUUAGUUUCAAGCGGCGCUUCCCAGAGCGAGUAUUUGUUUACUCUAUUCAGUCUUAUCGGUACUGAUACAAGUGCAAGAUAUCGUGACCAAAUUUCUAUAUGCAUUUGUAGACACGCUUAAUCAUCGGACUCUUGUGACUAAAGAAAUUAGUUGAAUAAAAAUGGGUAUAUUUUGCCAAAUUAACUUGAAACAGCCACCAGAAGGAGUAUACCAUGGAGGAGAUCACGUCUCAGGAAUAGUCAAGUAUGGAGUAGACGAACCUAUGGAGGUUGAGAAAAUUACUAUAUCAUUAAAAGGCAUUGGCCGAGUGAUAUUAAUGAAGAAAAGCGGCAAACACAACAGAAGAUUUGAUGGCAGGGAAGUAUACGUAGAUACUGACCACAUAUUACCCGAAGGUAACUGUACGUUGCAUGGAAGCUAUGAGAUACCAUUCAGCUUCAGAUUACCCGAGAAGAUACCAAGUUCCAUAGAAUAUACGAAGCGCCAAGGCCAAUAUCGCGUUAAAUGUUACAUCAAAUACUACAUUCGACUGAAAUUCGAAAAGCCAGGCUGGUUUACUUUCGAUAACCAUUUCCGAAAGAAAAUUACCGUAGCUUCUCCUGUUGCACCCGAGAUGUCCAUGGAACCCAUUAUAUAUGGUGAAAGAAGCCAACUACUGCAGCUGUUCUCGAGCAAAACAAGCACAUUAAUCAUGAAAGCUGAAAUUCUCAACUCCGUAAUUCCAAAAGGUGGUAAAAUCGAGAUUAAAUCGGAAAUACAAAAUGAUACUAAUAUCAUAGUGAAUAGUGUUAAAAUUCAAUUGAUGGAGGUGGUUAAAGUCAAACCGAAAGGACAUGGGGAAGUGAAGUUCUAUGAUGAAGUUCCUGAAUGCGAGAGUAAGACAGGUACUAUUCAGGCAGAAGCGACUCAAAGUAUGCCAAUUGAUAUUAUAGUACCUGAAAGUAGAAUUUCUUUACAAAAUUCUGAUAUAAUAUCUCGAGAUUUUGUUGUCAAAAUCACUGUUGAUCUGCCGAUGCCCCAUAGAGAUGUAGUUCUAGAGAUACCAGUUCAAAUUGGAGAUUAUUAUGAGCGAGCUAGUCUGUCACCGGAAUUACCCGACAAAAAUUGGAUGUCUAGGGUUGGUGAUGGGGCAUCAGCAUCAAGUGCUGCUGAUGAUCCUCCACCCACUUAUUGGGAGGCGAUGGGUGAAGGAAAGAAAGAUGACGAAUCAAGUACUGAUGAUGAGAGCGAUGACGAAAAGGGAGGGAAGUCUUAAUGCAGAAAAGAAUAGGGUAUAAUUUUAAAUGACGGUAAUUUGUGGCUUAUUUAUGUACUGAUUUUGUAUUUAUUAUCUUUGUAGUGCCUAUUUAAUUGUGCCUAAUACGCUAAUUGAGAUAAUAAACAAUUUUAUAAAUGAACUAGCGACCCGUCGCGAUUCCACUCGGACGCCAUUCCGACAAUAUCUCGAUUUUGUACUUAUGAAACUUUCAUCAAUAAUAAACACAAUCAAAUAGGAAUUAAUGAAAUCAUUUUAGCUAUUUCCGAGUUUCGCACUUAAUAACAUAUUUUAUAUUUGUAUAGACAGAAUAGGUAUGUGGAAUUGUACUCUGAAUGCGGAAUGUUCUGGAACAUGUUUCUUAAAUUAAUUCGUUACGUAAUAUGCUGAAGAUAUAUUAUAAUUGCAUUUAUUUUUUAUUGACUGUCUCGUUAUGAGUUGUGAUGUGCGUGUGAGUCUGCCAAACAAUAUGUUAGCGUUUCGAUUGAAACCAAUUUAAAAAAAACUCCUUAGUAACAAAAAUGUUUCGACCUGUUACACAGUACCUACAGCAUUUUUGAUCAUUUAUUUAUUUUAAGAUACAUAAUUAAUUUUUGAUAUGUUGAUUUUUAAUUUUUCGUAUGUCUUAAGUAAUGUGCACGCUUAUUGGCGCACAAUAAAUAAGAGGUCACAAGACAAAUCUCCAAUAUUAAUUAUCGUUUUUGACAUUGACAAAAAAUUAUUGAUAAACUCAAACUCAAACUCAAAAGCAUUUAUUUCAAUUAAACCAU